AAACAGGCAUUUGUACGCAUGACAGUACAUGCUGGCAUGCUGCUGCCUCCACAUCCACAUUCACACAUAUAAAUACCCAUUUGCUCUCCACUUUCCCUCCCCCAUUCUCAGCCUCAAUCUCAACCUUUCUCUCUUCUGCCAUCAUGUUUGCUUUCUGUUGGUGGGCUUUGAUGGCUCUUACUCCAAGCUCAGUUGGGGAUGAAGAUUCUCCACCUCCUUCUACUCCUCUCAACAUCAAUGGUGGUGGUGGUGGUGGAGCUAGUGGCAGUGGCAGUGGCAAUGACAGUGGUGUUGUUGAAGUUGUGGGGUUGAAGCACAACCCAGGAAUUUUCCUCCACUGGACUGCCGAAGAGCAGGCUAUACUGGAAGAUACGCUUCCCAAAGUUGCCUCAGACCCACCCCUCCUUCGGUAUGCAAAGAUUGCCAUGUUGCUGAAGGACAAGACAACUCGAGAUGUGGCACUGCGUGUUAGAUGGAUGAUUAUGCAAACAGAAAAUGGCAAGAGAAGGAAAGAGGAUCAUACUUCAAUAAGAAAAAACAAAGACAAAAAGGAAAAAGGUGCAGUUCCUUCAGCAAAGUCAUCAUCUCCUCUAGUAACUGCUUCCAAUGGUCCUCGGCAUGCCCUGUCACUGAUCCCUGUGGAUGCAGAUGAUGAAAUAUCAUAUAAAGCAAUUGGUGGGGAAAUGGGAUGGCUUCUUGAGCAAAAUGCACAGGCUUUUAAUCAAAUUUCUGCAAACUUUGCAGCUUCUAAGAUAUAUGACAACAUAGAUCUUCUUUGCCAAGCUCGUGACAACAUAAAGAAACUCUUGAAUAACCUGUAUCUUUGGGGCUUACACGUGGUAUCAAAGUCUCAUUUGGUGGGAGCUUGAAUGAUGAACCCAAGGCAAUGAAGCAGAUGCCACCACUUCCAGUGAAGCUGAAUGAAGAGCUUGCCAAGUCCAUUCUUCCAAUGAGGCUGAAUGAAGAGCUUGCCAAGUCCAUUCUUCCAAUGAGGCUGAAUGAAGAGCUUGCCAACCCCACCCUUCCUGGCCCAUCUGCUUCUCCUUAAUCUGCUGACAAGGUCAAUUGAGUUAGGAACUCUUGAACGAAACGCGAAAAGAAAAAACUGGUCACUUGCAUCUUGCUCUCUUCUCAGUUCCAAAUAGGAUAAAGAAAGAGAUUAGGCUGUUGUUUUUUCUUUAUUUAAUUGUAAGGCUGUAGUUUAUAUAGAAUGUGAAUAGUUGGUUGUGUACAUGGAGUUUCUGACUGUAUAAAUGCUUGUAAAAAAACCUUCAGUUCAAAUUAUAGUUGUGUAUUCAUGGAGUUUCUGACGGUAUGAAUGCUUGUAAAAAACCCUCGGGUCAAAUUAUAGUAGUGUAUCAGAUAAUUUUCAUAAUAUUUAGUGAUUAUCAUCAGUGGUGUAGGCUGUAGCCUAUUUUUAGAAGGGCAAUAUCAUGACAACUUUCUACAUUC